UUUUGUUAGAAAGAUUUUAAAAGGUCUCUUCGUGUUUUUCGGAGAUAAACUCGUCUCGACAUAGAGAGAAGAGAGAAUUGCAAGAGAGAGAGAGAGAGAGAGGGGAGGUACCAUUGGAAUAUUCAGAAAGAGUAAUAAUAAUAAUAUAAUGGAAGAAGUGGCACAAGAAUCUGAACUCCAAUGUGAACAUGCUACAUUGCAAACUAAGGUUGAUGAGUUUGACCAACUACUGCAAAGAGGCAAAGAGGGAAACCUUUUGGACCAUACUUUUAGGGAUUCCACUGAGAAGCUUCAUUCUGCAAAGAGGGAACUUGCAGCUAAGCUGCGGUCAACUCUGUCAUUGAAACGGCUGCUCGAGUAUGUGCCAUCACAAGCUGAACUCAUUCAGUACGUUCUUCUAUUACUGCUUUUCCCUUCUGUGCAAAAACUUUUCCUCCCUGCUGAAUUUAAAAAUUCCUUUUUAGUAUGCUCAGAAAUAUAAGGAGUCAGGCUUUCUAAAAAAUGUUUUUUUUUUCCUUAACAAGAAAAAGAAAUAUAAGGAGCCGUGCAUGUUGCGUUGGUGUAGAACUGUUUUAUUGACUUAAAAACCAAGUAAACUCUAGCUCUUUGAAAACUUUUAUCUGGAGCAAAUUCAAGCUAAGGAAUAUGUGGGAGUCUAACCUUAUCUAAAGGUACUUGAACUCUUUAAAGAGUUUCAUCAUUUAUCAAUGAAACCUCGUUUCAUCGUAGUCCAAAUCUGGUAAGCUCUUAAAUCUGUGAAGAGGUUUUUGCUUUCAAGAAUUAAUGGAGUAGCUUUUAGCUACGAUAUUGAUAGAGUAGCAUUUAGCUGCGAUAUGAAUAGAAGCAAUCGGUUAUGGUAUUGAUUUAGAAAACCCUGGAUUGGCUUUUCACCUGCUGUUUAUCUUGGUUUUAGUUUGUUAAUGUAAAUAUCUGUGAUAGCUGCCUUACUAUUUUAUAUAUGUUUCAACUUUCUAAGUGAAAGAGGACCUGUGUACAAAAUUUAAUAGAGGAUUUUCUGUUUGAGAUUUAUAAAUGUCUCAGAGUUUUACUGUUGUGAAGUAGCUAAGCAGGAGGUGGGAUCUGAUUCUCCAGCAUCCCUCCAUGAUGAUUUUGGAGAUGAAAACUGCAUAAGAGCAAAUUAGCUUGUAGGGUGUAGAUGUAUUCUGAUGGAUUAUGUUCAAUGGUCUUUUUAGUUUCUUGAUUAUUUAGGUAAUGUUGAACUUCAGUUGUCUUCUGAUAUUGUGUAAGCAAGAGCAAUGCGCUGUUGUCAAAGGCGCACUUUGAAGCGAGGCGCAAAACAUGCUGAGCGCUUCGCGUCGCUUAGCAGGCGCUUCAGUGUUGUCAUCAAUGCUCUAAUGCAUACUUUUCCAUGCAAAUGAGCGUAAUCUUGAAGAGGUGACACUAAACAAUUGAUCACUUUAUCGUUAUCUAUUUCAUUUUCUUUAUCCAUAUAUAUGUUAUUCAUGCUUAUACUUAUUAGUCUAGGACUACACAUACAUCUUUGUAUUUUUCCUCCAUUGCGCCUUUCUUCAUUAAAACCCACACUUUAUUAGUGCUUUGCGCUUAAAGCCCAGCGAACCUUAGAGCUUUUUUACGAUUUUCGCCCUUGAUAACUGCAAUGGACACCCUUGAAUAUGGCUGAUUUCAAAUUUAGUGCAUUCAUUGCUUACUACUGGAAGUAUCAAGAAUUUUUUCCUCAUCUUUUUUUUCAUUGCUGAUGUCAAUUCCUUCUCUUAAUGUAUUAAUGUUCCUUCUAGUACCUUAUCUCCUAAAAAGUAAAAACGUUAAUAGGAAAAGAGAUGAGGAAAACUUGCAUAUACUUUGGGAACAUAGAGUCAAAUGUUAUGUUGUCUGGAAUCAUUCGUUCCCUAUAUAAAUGUGUCUUAAAACUCAAAUUUUGACUCUGCUGCUCCAAUAAAACUACUGAAGUUUUUCACUGUUCUUAAAAACUUAUAGGAGGCAAGUACAUUGUUGUAAACGCCUGCAGUUUUUCUUUAAAAAGGGGCAGGGUGAUGGGAGGGGAGUUGAACGCUCUAAAUUUUACUUCGUCAAUAAGACAUUCCCUAUUUGAUUCUAGAAAAACAAAAUAAGGCAUUUCCGUACGAUAGGAAAGUUUUUAGAACUAAUCAUUGUAGAUGGUUAACUGGUUAAUUAUCACUUGAAGUUUUGUAAAGAUGAUACUUGUACCAGCCACCGCGACUUUCUUAUACAAUUGGAUUCUUUGCUUUCGCUGCUUGUUUCUGUUUUCAGUUAAAGAGCACCUUAGAUAUGUGAAAAAGUUUAAGUGUGGCAUGAGUCAAAUAAACUAACAGUUCCAAGUAGCAUUUUUUGGCUUCAUGUAUUUAUUAUUGUCCUUAGGUAUGAGAAACUUUGACACUGUGAUUUCAAGAUCAUUUAUCAUCUCCUCUAUCAUCUGGUCCAACUUUUGAUGUUUGAACAUAUUAUCAUGUAGUUGAACAACAAAAGUGGAGCACUAGUUUUGGAGAUCCGGAAUUGUUCAUCAUAUUUAUAGUUAAGGAAAGAUACCGGGACAAAGAGUAGAAAAUUAGAUGGUUUCACAUAUCAAUUACCACAACUCUUGUUAUAAAGCCUAUUAGUAUGUAUAGUGUAGUCUUGUCCAACAUUGGAAGAGGAGUAAUAUCUCCUUGUAGUGUAUAGCUAUA